AUGGAAUGUGAAGAUGCCGUAGAACUUCAGCAGUUUUGGGAGAGCUAUCAGGAAAAGGAAUUGCACAAAAUACGAGAGGAAUUUCGUCUGAAAUUAGAAUCAAAGGACAUGACUAUAAAAAAGCUGAUAGCCGGCCUCGACCAGCAACUCGUGGAGAAAAUGAAAUUGAGCCAAGAAUUGAGUGAGAAAACAACGGGCAUCACCAUGCUUCAGGAAGAAAUCGAAUCUCUCAAGGCUGGUCUUGUAGAAAGUACAUGGAAUCGACAAUGCGCCAUAGAGGGUUUAUUGUCAAAACAACUAGAGACUGCUAGAGGCCGACUGCAAAAUCAUACGGAAAUCGUCAGUGAAAACAAAAAAUUGAACGAGCUCAACGCGAGUUACCUCGAAAAGAUCGGCGAAUUGAGGAAAGAACAAGCCAUAGCUAUGAACAAUGACAUGGAGAAAUCGGCGCAAAUAAAACAACUUACUGAGGAUUAUCAAUCAUAUCAGCAGACCAACGAAAGCGAAAGAGCUUUUCACGAGGCAAAGUGUCGUGCGUUAAAGGUGGAAUUGAAAAACCAAGAAAGUGCGCUGAAGACCGCUCGAGAGGAAAAAAUUCGACUAGUAAAAAUAAAUCGAGAAAAGGUCGAAUUUCUCGAAUCGAAAGUCCAUACAUUAGAAGCGAUGAUUGAGCAUUUAUCGGGAAUGAUUGAAGAUAUGAGAUCACAGCGUCAACAAAUGUCUUCCAAAUGUAAUCGUUGUGUUCAAGACGGCGUUUUAUUGCAUAGCGGCUCAUCGAAUAGUGUCAAAAUGCUCGCGAAUGACGCAGGACUAUUGAUGCAACCGGAUUUGCUUCAGCUGAGGAGCAGCUCUGACUCGAAUGUCGAAUUGAUGCCUGGUUGGAUCCGACCCACAGAUGCUUAUAUAAGUUUUCAAUAUUGUCCCACGCCGCAGCAUCAUUGUCGAUCAAAGAGCCCA